AUGAAUCAGUCACGGAAUUUCACGUCGUUACUGAAUCCGAGUUAUCUGCAAAAUGCUCAGCAAAACCCGGCAAGUGUGAACGCGGCGGCAGCAGCCUCAGCCGCGGCAGCCGCCGCGGUAAGUGCCGCGAUCGCGAACGGCACACAGCCGAAUGUAAAUACGAACGUGAGCUCCACAACGCCGAAUCGUAAACGAGAAUCAGAGGAGGAUGGUAAACAAGAGAAAGAGUCAAAAGAGGAACGUAAGAAGAGAAGAAAGACUAGGUGGGGAGGUAGCGAACAUGACAAAACAUUUAUACCAGGGAUGCCUACAGUACUACCAACAAAUCUGACUCCUGAACAGGAGAAGGCUUAUCUCUUUCAGCUGCAGAUUGAGGAAAUCAGCAGGAAACUACGCACUGGAGACCUUGGAAUUCCACUUAACCCUGAGGAAAGAUCUCCAUCUCCAGAACCAAUCUACAGUAGUGAUGGUAAACGGUUAAACACAAGGGAAUAUCGUACGAGACGUAAAUUGGAGGAAGAACGUCACAAUCUUAUUCAGAAGAUUCUCAAGAUCAAUCCAGAUUUUAAGCCACCACCAGAUUAUAAACCACCGAUAAUACGAGUUCAUGAUAAAGUAAUGAUUCCUCAGGAAGAGCAUCCUGAUAUAAAUUUCGUAGGUUUACUUAUUGGACCACGGGGGAAUACCUUAAAAUCUAUGGAAAAAGAAACAGGUGCAAAAAUCAUAAUUCGUGGAAAGGGCUCCGUGAAAGAAGGUAAAGUUGGUAGAAAGGAUGGUCAACCUUUACCUGGUGAGGAUGAACCUUUGCAUGCGUACAUCACAGCGAAUAAUUUAGAUGCUGUAAAAAAGGCUGUGGAACGAAUACACGAGAUUAUUCGGCAAGGUGUGGAAGUGCCAGAAGGCCAAAAUGAUUUGCGACGUAAUCAGUUACGUGAGCUAGCCUUAUUAAAUGGAACUUUGCGUGAAAAUGACGGUCCACGUUGUACCAACUGCGGAGCUUCGGAUCACAAAUCCUGGCUGUGUCCAGAUAAACCGAAUGUGACAAACAAUAUAGUAUGUUCGAGUUGUGGAGGUGCGGGACACAUUGCUCGAGAUUGUAGAUCAAAAAGACCCGGUCAGGGAGGUCCAGCAGCUGCUGGAAUGGGAGGUAUGGGUCCAGGUGGUGAUAAAGCCAAGAUAGAUGAGGAGUAUAUGUCACUCAUGGCAGAGUUAGGAGAAGGACCGCCACCAGACAGAUCGAAAAGUGGACAGCCCAGACAGAAUCCGAAUCCUAAUUACCCCGGACUCUUCGAUAGACAACAACCGCCUCGAGCGUUGAUGGCAUCCCCAGCUCAUCCGCCCCCUCAGAUAAUGCAGGGUGGACCGAUGAUGCCACCGCCGGGUAUGGCACCACCACCAUGGAGCCAGGGUGACAAUAUGAACAAUAUGAACAUGCAAUGGCAACCACCAGUUAGUAUGCCACCACCGCCAGGUGUGAUGCAGCCGCCACCGCCACCACCUGGUUCUACCGCAGCACAACCCAACAUUCCACCAUUAAUGCCAUGGAUGGCUGGCAACAAUCAGCCGCCACCACCGGGCCAGAUGCCACCCACGCAAAUUCCACCGCCCGGCAUGGGUAUACCACCGUGGCAGCAAGGUCAACAAGGUCCUAUGCGACCACCGCCACCUGGAACAGCACCACCACCGGGAUUCCCAGGUUGGCAGCAUCAGCAGAUGGGAGGCUGGCCGCCAGCUGCUCCAGUACCGCCUCCGCCACAACAACAAACUCCUGCACCACCGGGUAUAGACCUCAACCUGAACACUUUGCCAACUUUGCUCGCGCAGCCACCGCCGCCGCCUCCACCCACUAGUUAGUCUUAAACUCAGCGAACCUUCCUGUGAAGUAUAAUCAGAACGAAGUUAACGGAAAUUAAUGAGGAACUAUUACAUCGCAGUCUUAAUUUAUAUGAUAGGUUUUGAUUAUUCUUUUCUUCAUACGUGACUUCGUGCUAACGACGUCGUUCUAAUAAUGUGCGACAUGUGAUUACUAAAUUUUCGACGAAUUUAUGGAGAUAUAGGUGACUUAAUUGAUUGUAAGCAGAUAAAAUGAAUGAACGAGAUACAAAUCUUGGAAAAGAU